AUGCUGACCGAAGUUCCCAUCCGAGACUGGGCACAGUGCGAAGCCGUGCCAAGCACCCUGAGCGCGCUGGUGGCUGCCAUUGCGCCGGGCCACCUGCGGCAGAUGAACACUGUCUUCAAGGUCUGGGGGCUGCAGGUGAUGGGCGUCAGCUCCGUGAGAUCCGAAACGGAUGAGUGGGCUCAUGCGGAUGCUGCCCUGGAGCCACGCAUGGCUGUGCGAGCCGCCUUUGCUGACUCUGACUGCCAAUGUUCCAUGGUGCUCUACCACGACCUUCUCACGGCGGUCUUGCAGGCACAGAACCACCGAUUGCCGGAGCCACUCGCCGACACAGGCGACAUGCGCGCUACCUUGCGCGAUGCUUUGCGCAGCACACAGUGGCUUUGCAAGCUGACGUUCCGCGAGAACGAUCACCAGCAGGUCCUGGAGCUGGAGUGCAGGCAUCUGGAGCCAUUCUUGGAGCCACAAAAGCCCGCAGAAGACUUGUCGCGCUUUAUGCAGGCUUUGCCGCGCUGUGCUCUUGGCAAAGGCUGCCCCGUCGCGUCUCUGGAUGUGCUCCAAGUGGACAACGACUUGGGUCUGCUUCGCGCAGGGCUCUUGGACGCUUCGGCGGCGCGGGUGCUCGUUGCCUUCAACGACGUCCAGCUUCCGGACGAAGAAGCUCUUCAACAAGAUCCACAGUUGGCCUCCGCCAUGCGAGUGAAGCGCUCUGUCGACUGCUUGCUUGCGCCAGCUCAGCAAGGCGAGCCAGUUCGAGCAAAGCUGCGCGCGGCUGGGCCGGCUUCCGCUGUCAACUGGAUCUUGCGAGGCCGCCCGGGAGAAGUUCACCAAGUUGUCAUCAUGCAGACCGAGAGCGCGGGCGAGUGGGGUGUUCUUUGGCGUGUCCCUGUUGCCAACGAAGCUGUGGCAUCUUUCGUGACCUACUGGCAGUUCGUCCUCACUUCCCAGAAAGACCAGGACGUGCUUCUCUUCCAGUCUGAGUGGACGCCGGGAAAGCGCGUUCGCACGGUGAGAGACCACAUGCCAUCCGCGGCCAAGAGGUCGAGCGCUUGGCGCAGCCCGUAG